UCACCCUCACCAACCCAAAAUCUUUUUUUUCUUCGUUCCUUAAAUUCUUCAUUUUCUGUCUAUUUAUCCAAAACAACACGCACAGCUAGACGGAUAAUGCCAGCAUUUUAGUACUUCCAUUGGAGGAAUUACAGCUACUAUCCCCUGCUGCAAAACAUACUUGCUUUCCGUCAUGUCUGCCAAAUCCAAAUCUGCUUUAUCUGGAACGCCCAACACUAAACCAUCGCCACCACCUCCUCGAGUCAGCAAGUCGAGCAGGGGAGUGUCUAAGUCUGGUGCUGAUUCAACUUCUUCCUCACAAAUGGCCGGCUUUUCAGUUGAUCGAUCUCCAAAAUCUGUUACUCCAAAGCCUACUUUGGAUCGGCCAUCUUCCAAGCUCAGCACCACGCCUGAUAAAAAGUCCACUCGCAUUCUGAAACCCUCAGAACUUCAGGCACAGUUAUGCACAGUUCAGGAAGACCUGAAGAAGGCCAAUGAGAAGUUGGUUUUGGUUGAGAAAGAAAAAUCAAAGGCUCUCGAUGAACUAAAUGAAGCCCAGAUAUUGUUUGAGGAGGCAAAUGAGAAGCUCAGAGAGGCUUUGGUGGCUCAGAAGCGAGCAGAAGAAAAUUCUGAAAUUGAAAAGUUCCGAGCAGUUGAGAUGGAGCAAGCGGGGAUUGAAGCAGCUCAGAGGAAGGAAGAGGAAUGGCACAAAGAGCUGGAAGCAGUGAGAAACCAGCAUGCGCUGGAUGUGGCUGCUCUACUAUCCACCACUAUUGAACUUCAGAAGGUGAAGCAAGAACUAGCAAUGACAUGUGACGCAAAAAACCAGGCCCUAAGCCACGCUGAUGAUGCAACAAGAAUAGCUGAGAUUCAAGCAGAAAAGGUCGAAGCUCUUUCUGCCGAAUUGGUUCACUUGAAAGGUGCGCUUGAUUCCAGGGUCAAAGAAGAGACAAUUGAGAACAAUAAAUUAGUAUCAGAGUUAAAAUUGGAGAUAAAUUCUCUGAAAGAACAGCUUGAAAAGGUGAAUUUUUUUGAGGGGGUAUUGGCAGAAAAAGAGGCUACUUUAGAGCAACUUAAUGUUGAUUUGGAGGCAGCAAAAAUGGCCGAAUGUUAUGCACAAAAAUUGGUGGAAGAGUUGCAUGAAAGAGCUGAUGAAUUAACAUCUCAGGCUGAGCUAGCAAAGAGAUUGAAGAAAUCUGCAUCAGAAACGCUCGAAUCAGUUAUGAAACAGCUGGAAGAAAGCAACAAUUCAUUGCAUAAUGCAGAAUCUGAGAUUGCAGUACUUAAGGAGAAGGUCGGAUUGCUGGAAAUCUCAAUUGGGAGGCAGAAAGAGGAUCUAGAUGAAUCAGAAUGUUGCCUCAAACUAGCUAAAGAAGAAGGUACUCAAAUGGUGAAGAAGAUAGAAUUGCUUAAGUCUGAGCUUGAAACUGUAAAAGAAGAGAAAACUCUUGCAUUGAACAAUGAGAAGCUGGCAGCUGCCAGUAAACAAACUCUGUUGGAGGAAAAGAACAAGCUCAUCAGUGAGUUGGAAUCAUCCAGAGAAGAAGAAGAAAAAAGCAAGAAGGCAUUAGAAAGUCUAGCAUCAGCCUUACACGAAGUUUCUUCAGAAGCAAGAGAUGCAAAAGAAAAGCUAUUUUCUGUUCAAGUUGAGCUUGAAAACUAUGAAACACGAAUAGAAGAUCUGAGAAUGGUUAUGAAAGCAACAAAUGAGAAGUAUGAAAGCAUGCUUGACAAUGCAAAACAAGAAAUUGAUGCUCUCACUCAUUCAAUUGGACAGUCAAAGCACGAUUACCAGAAUUUGAAGGCUGAGUUGGAACAAAAGGAGCUUCAUUUGAUGACCUCUUUGAAAAGAUCUGAAGAAGAGAAUUCUUCUAUGGAAAAUGAGAUAAAUAGGCUGGUUAAUUUACUAAAACAGGCAGAAGAAGAAGCUAGGGCAUUGAGGGAGGAGGGAGAUCAUUGGAAACAAUCUUUUAAGGAAGCUGAAUCGGAGUUGAUUUACCUAAAGGAAGACCUCAGUGAAGUGAAGGCCGAGAACAUGAGAUUAAAAGAGGGCUUGAUGGAGAGAGAAAAUGAAUGGCAGAAUAUUCUUCUCGAGAAUGAGGAGCUGCGGAAAAAGGAUUCAGCUUCUCUGGAGAAGGUUGAGGAGUUAUCUAAAUUGCUUGAAGAAGCUUUGGCCAAGAAGCAUGGGGAGGAAAAUGGUGAGGGGACGGAUAGCGAAAAGGACUAUGACAUGCUCCCAAAGGUGGUGGAGUUUACUGAACAAAAUGGCACUGGAGAAGUGAAGCCUAAGGUGGAGCUUCAAUCUCAAUCAAGGGAGCUACCUGUAAAAGAGGAGGCUGUUGUUGAAGUUAGUGAUGUUUGUAGCAAUGAGUCCGUUCAUGAAGCUCCUGAAGUGGAGAAUUCAAAUGAGAGAGUAAAAGAUGGUGAGGCAAAUGAAAAGGAUAAUGCAGAUGCAGCGGAAGUUGAUAUUAAAAUGUGGGAAAGCUGCAAGAUUGAUGAGAAAGAGUUGUUGUCGGGGGAGCAGCAAUCGUUUGAGGAUGAAGUGGAGUCGGGUGGUGAUGUGAAUGAGCAAGCGAAUGGGCUGGCGUCAACAGAAAAUGUGGAAAAUGGUGGAAGCUCGCCAACCAAGUCGGAGAGUCAGAGGAAGAAGAAGCCUUUGCUACGCAAGUUUGGGAGCCUACUGAAGAAGAAGGGUAGUAGUAGUAGUAGUAGCAAUCACAAGUAAUGGGGGACAUGGACAUCCAUCCAUCCAUUGACUGUGUUUUCUAUGGUAGGAGGAGGGGUAUAUAUAGUGAAACUUGAUUGCUUCAGUAUCUAUCUGUAUGGUUUUGCUCAUGGAUUCACUGUCAGUGGUGUUUGCUAUAUUAAUCACAUAUCAAUAUCAUCAUCCCGCACCCCCAUAUAUAUAUAUAUAUAUAUAUAUAUAGGUAUCUUAAGACCAAAAGACUUCUCCGUGGUUGUGGUUGAGGCUGUCACUGAAUUUGUAUUCUCAAACUUUGUCUUUUUAUAUUUUUUUAUCUAACUAAGCUCACUAUACCUGAA